UUGAUGCGAAUGUUUUACAAUUAUAUCAUGGAACAAAACAUUCUUGUAAUAUUAAAGAAUUGAAUAGUGCAGAUAUGUUGUGCAAAAAUGCAGAAUGCUGUACCUGUGGAAUUGUUCGCAACGGACCUCGACUAUCCUUGGCGAAAACUUGUGAAAUUGGAAGUAAAUAUGUCUUGAGAAAACAAAUUAUUGAAAUGUACAGGAUUAACGAAAAAGAUACUCGAAUAGAAGGAGAUGGUGUUUCACACUCUCAAGAAAGACAACCAGUUCCAGAAGAAUUGAACACCCUAGAGAAGUUUCUCUUAGAAAAAGUUUCGGACAAAUGCCAACUA